GAGUAUAUCAUAGCCGAGAUGAAGAAGUAACAAGAGUCGACGAAGAAGAACAAAAGAAAAAAAGAAAAGAAAAAAAGGCAAGGCAAGAACACAAGAAAGAUCGCCAUGGCAAUCACAAAUACUUUCUGUUCUUCUUUCAUUAUCCCCCGAUCUAGGGUUACUGAUUUUGGUUCAAUUUCAAAAAUAUCACUGUUUACUACUACUGCUAGUCAGAUUCAUCAUCGGAUUGGAUUUGGUGAUCAAUUUGGUUUCAUGUCAUCUACAAACAAGUGCAUUUUGCGAGCUUCAAUUGAUUCAGUAGAAUCAAAAUUUUCGAAGUCAGAGCAGGAUGGUGAAUCUGUUCCAGUGCCAAUAGUUUUGAUAGAUCAAGAUUCAGAUUCUGACGCAACACUUGUACAAGUUAGCUUUGGAGAUCGUCUUGGAGCUCUUAUCGACACGAUGAAGGCCCUUAAAGAUUUAGGGCUGGAUGUGACAAAGGGAACUGUGACAACUGUGGAAUCGGUAAUAGAGACCAAAUUUUUCAUUACACGCAUGGGGCGGAAAGUCGAGGAUCCAGAUAUGUUGGAAACAAUAAGGCUCACCAUCAUUAACAACCUUCUGAAGUAUCAUCCGGAAUCCAGUGAGCGGCUUGCUAUGGGUGAGGCUUUUGGAAUUAAAGCUCCAGAGAAGAAGCUUGAUGUUGAUAUUGCCACACAUAUCCAUAUAACAGAUGAUGGGCCCAAAAGAAGCAUGCUUUAUAUAGAGACAGCAGAUCGACCUGGGUUGUUAAUGGAAAUCAUCAAGAUCAUGGGUGAUUGCAAUGUCUAUGUCGAAUCAGCAGAAAUUGAUACAGAAGGAUUGGUAGCAAAGGAUAAGUUUCAUGUUAGCUACAGCGGAGCCGCACUAAAUGACUCUCUGUCACAGGUUCUUAUAAACUGUCUACGCUACUACCUACGAAGACCCGAAACUGAUGAAGAUAGUUAUUAAGUGGCGAUGUGUACAUGUAAAAUUACUCUCGGCUUAAUGUUUAAAGCCAUCUUAUGUUAAUUUAUGCUAUGAUUGUAACACAAUAACCAGUACAAGAAUUUCAUUAAGGAAAAACAUCAACCUUUUUAGUUUUGUUCAUUUUGCAACAAUUAAGAAAAUGUAAGACAGUGUAAAAGUCUUUUCAAGAUGUUUGGUUAAUUUAGCAAAGGCCGUAGGUCUCCCAUAGGUUUUUCGGG